CUGUCCAAACGAGCAGCUUUCCUACCCUAGAAUCCCGGUCCCUGCCAUGGCGGCGGCGGCGGGCCUCCACCCAGACGUUCUCGCCCGCAUCUUGCUCCUCUUGUCGUGCAUCGUGGACCGCGUCAGGGCGUCCGCGGUCAACAAGCACUGGCGGCGGGUCUCGCUGCAGAAUCCGCCCCCGCUGCCGCGCCUCCUCAGGCCGUCCACGGCCCAGACCGAGACCUACCGGAUCUUCGGCGGCUUCGGCGAUCCGCGCCCGUCCCUCUCCGAGGAGGGCCGUGGCUCGCGUUUCUGCGGGUCCGCUCCGGGCGGCUGGUUCGUUAUCUCGGCCGAGCCAUGGCGCGGCCACGCCCUACUUCACCUCCGCACCGGCGAGCGCGUCGCCCUGCCGGAGAGGGUGCGUAUCCCGCUCAACUCCGGCGACAUCACGUGCCCUAUGAUGAUCCGCGCCGCCGUCAUCUCCGCCGCGCCGCCGUCUGGCGACUGCUUCGUCGCCGCCAUCACCUCCAGCCAGACGAACAUGGCGUUCUGGCGCCCGGGCAUGGACUGCUGGUUGUCGCCGCCGGUGGGGAUGGGGCCGGCUCGGCGCAGCGCCGAAGACCUCACUUACUACGACGGAUGGUUCUGCGCCGUCGACUCCGAGGAUUACCUCGUCUGCUACAAGCCGGAAAUCGCCCCUGCUGGAGACGGCGCCUCUUCGCUCACCAUUCGAACUAACGCCUACAAAUUCCAUGUCCAUGGUCACCAAACGGCACCCGGGGAGAUCGUAUCGCACUACCUCUUGCCCUCCGCCUCGGGUGCCGAUCUGCUGAUGGUGAAAAGGUUCAUCUCGCCUGCGAGAGGCGGGACCUGCCGGUUCCAGGUCUUCAGCCUAGAGAAGCAACAGGAUGGACUGCCGGCUUCCUGGCGAUUGUACCAGCUGAGCGGGCAGGUCCUCUUCGUCGGCCGGGCCUGCUCCAAGGCCUUCGACACGGGGCAUGCCGGCAGCCCGGGCUACAUCUACUUCCUCGACGACGUCUACACUGGCAGGCCACACAGUGUCGUCCAGCAGAAGGAGUAUCCCUGCGCCGACGCCGGCCGGUGGUGUUACUCGGUCCCCGACGAAAUGGACCGCUGCCUGCCAUGGGCGGCGCCCUCAGACACCUCGCCGUGCAUUUGGUACCACCAUUAAUUACCCAGCAUGGUUCAGUUUGAGGUGUCUCAUCAUAGAGAUUUCGACCAGUUUAAUAAGAGUUUGGUGCCUAGACUCCUAGAGUGUUGUUUGUGUUUGCUCCUCGUCAGCGUUUCUUUGUUGUUGUAGUUGUCGGUCGUCGUCGUUGUGCUUCUCUGCAUAUCCAGUUUGUUGUAUGCUCCAGGUCGAUCAGUAUUUGUUGUAUGUCGUCGUUGUUGUUGUCAGUUAAU